CCUCGGCAGACCCCGCCCGAUGAGACAGCACCAGAAGCCAAGCGGAGCCAGACUGGAUAUCCUGAAUAUCCUGCGCUCCUCUCCUCUCAACUUGGUUCUAUCCCCUGCCAGACAGCAAUCCCCACCAGCCUUACCGACGCCAUGGCGAAAACGAGCAACAAAACGCUCAUCUUCAAGAAGGUGCCCGACGGCUUCCCCAAGCCGGGCGACAUUGUCGUCGAGGACCGGCCCAUCGACCUCUCGGACUGCCCGGACGGCGGCGUCGUGGCCCAGGUCCUCUCGGUCUCGCUGGACCCCUACCUGCGCGGGCGCAUGCGCGCGCCCGAGGCCAAGUCCUACUUCCCCCCUUUCGCGCUCGACGGCCCCGUCGAGAACGCGGCCGUGUGCCGCGUCGUCACGUCGCGCUCGGACCGCCUCGCCGAGGGCGACCUGGUGCGCGUCUCCAUGUGCGCCGUCGCCCAGUACGCCGCCCUCCCCGCGGCCCGCCUCGAGGGCCCGCGCGUCAAGCUCGACCCGUCGCUCGGCAUCGACCCGGCCCACUACCUGGGCGCGCUGGGCAUGCCGGGCCUGACGGCCUUUGCGGGCCUGUACGACAUUGGCAAGCCGAAGAAGGGCGAGACCAUCUUUGUGAGCAGCGCCGCGGGCGCCGUGGGCCAGCUGGUGGGCCAGCUGGCCCUGCGCGAGGGCCUGAGGGUCAUCGGCAGCGCCGGGUCCGACGACAAAGUCGAGUUCGUCAAGAGCCUCGGCUUCCACGGCGCCUUCAACUACAAGGAGGAGAAGCCGGACGAGGCUCUGGCGCGCCUGGCGCCCGACGGGAUCGACAUCUACUUUGAGAACGUCGGCGGCGAGCACCUCGAGGCGGCGCUGAACCACAUGAACAAGCGCGGGCGCAUCCCGGCCUGCGGCAUGAUCGCCGACUACAACCGCGCCAGCGGCGAGCAGGCCACGGGCAUCCGGAACCUCUUCCUGGUCGUGGGCAAGGAGAUCACGAUGCGCGGCUUCCUCGUCAACUCGCUCGCGCCCGAGUACAGCCAGAAGCACUUUGAAGAGGUGUCCAAGGCGCUGCGCGACGGCAGCAUCAAGGCCAAGGUGCACGUCACCGACGGCAUCGAAAGGGGCCUAGAGGGCAUCCUGGCCGUCCUGCAGGGCGGGAACUUUGGCAAGGCCGUGCUGAAGAUUAGCGAUUAAAGGCUGUAUAGAUAGUUGGGGCUGCUAUGGGUCUUUGUAUUUGUGCUAAAAUGCUUCGGCUGGCUCAACCUUUGCAUCUGUGAUCUUGUGCGUCCUGGCCCCUAUGGUGCUCGUCAGACUAUCGACUCGAGUAGAUUCCCAGGCCCCAUUUCGUUGGCACAGUCUAUGAGGAGCUGAGGCAAUAAAAAGAAGGAGUCUGUCCCGAAUCUUACUGGGCUCUAUAGGGAACAAGGAGUAAACAUCAGCAUGAUGGAAAGGAAUCUGAGACCUACUAUGUUAACGCCCUGCCGAGCGCAAUGGAACAGCAGGCAUCUAAUCAGUCCAACACAAAGUCACGACCGGCAUGUUCGUUGACGAGACCAACGAAAACCCCCGCGGUGUACAGAGUACUUGUCCCGUCAGAGGCUAGGACAAGUCCAGGAGCCCCAAAUAUCCAUGGCAGAGA